CCUGUCCAAGGUCCAUUGGAGCAACCCGUACUCUGCAGCCGUUUUGGCUGUUUCCGCACCGGUUCAGUCCUAUUCUGGCGGCCAGUAGCUGAGUUGCUGGGUCGAUCUGCUGUCGCCAAAUAUUCGCAGUCUGCGGCCCAGACAACCGCCGGCCCCACGACGGGAGGUAGCGCAUCCUCCGAGGCGAGCUGCACGCCAAAGAGACACAAUUCUUCAAGUCGGAACCGGCCGCCCACUCGCUGGUCGUCGAGGUUGCGUCACGUUGCCAGAGGGCAGCUUGAGUCAGCUUAG